AUGGUCCGUCUAAACCCAAAAUUCCUCCUCUCCCUCCUCGUCGCCUUGCUCGCAUGCAUGUUCUCCCCAACCCUGCGCUCGUUCCUGACAGCCGUGACAUCAACCCUCUCAAACCCAUCUCCAAUGGACUCUACCACACCAUCACCACCGCCAAAAAGGCCCCGUAUGCCAGUCUACUUCUUCUCCCACGGCGGCCCCGACGUAAUGUAUAACAAAGCCCACCCAGUCUACCCAACCCUCCAACACAUCGGCCACGAAAUAACCUCCCUCGCGCCCUCCGCAAUCCUCGUCUUCUCCGCCCACUGGCAAUCCCGCUCCCGCACCUCCGUAAACAUCAACGCCGCACCCGGUCCCGCCCCGCUAAUCUACGACUUCUCCGGCUUCCCACUGCACUACUACUCCGCUUCCUACCCCAACACCGGUUCUCCCCCGCUCGCCUCCCGCACCUGCGCCCUCCUCGCCGCCCACAACAUCUCCUGCGCCCCCACCACCGACCGCGGCCUCGACCACGGCGUCUGGGCCGGCUUCCACGUCGCCUUCCACCCGGACACGAACCCCCUCGGCUGUCCCUUGGUGCAAGUCUCGCUCUUCGGCUCAGAGGACCCGGACGCGCACUACCGCCUCGGCAGGGCCGUCGCCGAGCUGCGCGACGAGGGCGUCGUCAUCAUCGGCGCGGGCAUGUCUGUUCACAACCUGUACGACAUGGGCGGCGGCCCGAAGCCGAUGCCGUAUUCUGUCAGCUUCGACGACGCCCUGAAAGAGGCUGUGGAGAGCAAGGUGGAGGAGAGGCAGGAGAGGAUGGCGCAGGUGUGUAGGAGACCGGAUGCUAGGCAGGCGCAUCCUUGGAUGGACCAUCUUAUGCCUAUUCACGUUGCAGCCGGCGCCGCGGGAGACGACCUCGGGAAGCAGCUAUGGACCAUGCAGGAGGGCAGCUUUGCAUGGGCCCAAUAUCGGUUUGGGUCAGUACCCAAGACGUGA